CAAAUGGGUGCUUCCCGAACGAUUUACGUGCUUUCACGGCAACGUUCCGAUAACUGGAAAAUGAUGACAUGGAAGACUGAAAGUUUUGGCAGUCAGAAUCGGUUUAUUUCAAACCAAGUUUCGGACAGAAAGUGUUUUAUUUGAUGCUCUUUUUUGCGACUUAUAACUCUGUGUUGUGUAUUCUAUAAACGUUGGCCCUUUAACCCGUUUGACAAAGUUGCAAUAAAUUUUUUUCGCCGUCUUUAUUAAUAAACGCGCCAUGAAUAGCCAGAAUGAAAGCACCGAAAUAGUAGAUUUAAAUCAAAGUCAAGCCAGUCAAAAUGUCGUUGGAAACGGAAAUCGAAAAACUAGAACAACGAAGGCACAUUCAAGGGCAAAAGUAAGUAUUCAUCCUUUCUUUUAGGGCACAAAUAGAGCACAUAUCAAAAGAAUUAUUUCAUUAAUAUUUUAAAUACAUAUUUAAUAUUUUUUAAAUCUUUAUGUACUAUAUUAAAGUUUAUACAUAGUAUUACAUACUGUAAAAAAAAAAUAAACGGUAACUUUUUGUGAGAUUGGUGACUAUUGAUAUGUGAAUAUAAGUUUUUAAUUAAAAGCAUUUCAUGUAAUUUGUUUCAAAGGUCCACAAGACUAUAUUAAAUAGGUUUUGCAGGAUGAGGCCUCAUACAGGAGGAUAACAUUCAUUUUGGUUACAGGAAACCAGAUUUUGUGGUCAUGUGCGAGGCUAGUGCCAGUAGGGAUGUAGUGAAGACUUUGUCGUUGGGCUUAAUAGGGGCUUAUGUAUCAUAUGAUCCCACUUACCAAGACAUCUUGCCUAGCGAGAUGAAUAUUUCUGUGCGUUCAUAUGGAGUGUUUCAUCCCGCUUGCCGAGAUGAAAUUACAAAAUAGCUGUAGUUCUAUAGUUAGCACAUGCAAAACUUCUACAUUCCAGUCAAGGAACACAAAUAUUUAGCGAUUUUAGUGUUUUUCAUAAUUUAUUUACGGGAAAAAGUAUUGCUUUAGCAGCACAUUUAAUACUUGUUCACAAAACAAACAUAAAACUAAAGUAAAAAGUGUUAAAUUAAACGGCAAGACUUGUUUGACUUCAUCCUGGUAAGCAGGCUGGCGUGUUGAUAUGGAAAAUUUUUCAUCCCGCCUACCUAUUAUCUCAGCAAAUUCAAGCGAGAUCUUGGCAAGCGGGCCAGUUUACUUUCCCAUAUGAACACAAUGCAAAAUCGGUUGCAAAUCCCAUUUCCAACACUUGAUUAGUUUUGCCUCGCAAAACUUUGACUUAAAGAUUUUGUGAACAUUCAUAGUAAUAAACAUAUUUGAGUCAACUUUUUUAGAAUUUUAGAUCAGGAUUUUGCAACAAAACUUCAGAAUAUUACUAAUUUUGUGAUGCUCUUUCAAGCUGUGAUCAAAUUUUGUUUAUUAGGCAAUAGGUCCAUUUAAUGUUCAGGUUAUUAACCCAGGCAUUAAGUAUCAUUGCACCAUAAUGUGUAAUUUACUAUUUUACUCUGUCUAACACCAGAUGAUUUUACAAGGAGAGAGGGCUGGCACUCAUUAGGUUAAUUUAAAUAUUUUGCAUUGUAGCGAGUUAAUAUUAGCAGAAAACGCAACAGAGAGGGACAAUUGGCAAAUGUAGGAACAUCUGAACUGGCUUCGCAUAAUGGUAGCAUUGAAGUUAUAGAUGUUGAGCAAGUAGUGAAAGGUACAAUACAAUGUUGCUGAUCAACUUAAUAAUACAUAUUGUGUAGAAUUUCUGUUAUAAAAGCUAGAAAUGUUUCCCUUGACAUUUCUGUGGCAAGGAGGAAUUUACAAUUUUCAGAAUUAACCAGCGAUUGUCGACACUAUAGAUGGCGAAAAUUCCUGGGUGCUAGAUUCUAUUGGGAACCCUGAUGAACAGUAGAUUUAUUAACUUACAAUGUUUUAGAUAAGCCUGUUGUUGAUCUCACUGACGAAUCAAGAAAUGAUGUUUAUGUAGACUUGACGAGUUCACCUGAUGUGGUAAGCAUUAUGAGAGUAUUAAUCUCUUUAUUCCCUAACAAAGAGUUUGUAAUUUUGGCUGUAAUAAGGUUUACUUAAGUUUGUAAAUAUUUGUGUUAGGCCACAUAAAAAAAAAUGGUUGGUUAGCGUCCUCGCCCGCCCACAAAAAAGGCCCUGCUCAGGAUUUUUUAUUUAAAAAAACAAUCUUUUAUUGAUCAAUGGGCUCUAAUAUAUGUAGUAUUUCUGUUGACUGUAGUCAAUUUAGCCUGCGAAUUGCGUGCGAAAAUGACGGUAUGAAUCAUAUUUUGAAAUACCGGUAUAUAAAAAAUAUCUGUAUAGCGCAAGAAAAUCCAGUUUCGGACCUAAAACCAGGGCGUUAAAAAUUAGUAAAAAUUUUAAAAAAAGCGCCCGCCCACCCACUUUUUGGCAAAAACUAAGGACGCUAACCAACUAUUUUUUUUAUGUGGCCUUAGUUACAGUACAUAUUUAUUUUUCAUAUUGCAGCAGCUGCCUCAUCGACAGUCUGUUAUUCGUUGGCAGUUAUCACCAGGAAGAACAAACACAUCUGAGUUGAAUAAAAAUGCAGAUGAUAUAGUUAUUGUUGCAAAUGGAUCUGAAAGGUAAAUUAGAUUAACUGAUAAAAAAACAUAUAUACCGUAAUUUAGAUUUCACAUAUUUAUAUUAUUAAUGUAAUAUAAUGUAAUAUAUAUCCAGUCAUGUCAUUUCUAUACAGUUUAUAUUUUAAUUUCUUUGUGUAUUUUUUGACAGAGUUGUGAAUGUAAGCUCUGAACUAAGUCAACCAUUGAUUGAAAAUAUAAUGACUUGUGCUAUAUGUAUGGAUGAUUUUAAUCAGGUAAAGUUAUUUUUCAAAUAAAUUUAGAGCAGCUUCAUUCUUUGCAAUUUAUAAUAUAUUUAUUACACAAGUAGAAACAUGUACUAACAAAGUUAUGAUUCUUUUAUUUAGAUUAAGAAAGCAAAACGUCAGUUAACUUCAACAACAUGUGGUCAUGUGUUUUGUAAUCCUUGCAUAACUAGUUCAUUACACGCCCAAGCCAAGUGUCCAACGUGUCGAAAAAGACUCACUAAGAAAUCACUCCAUCCAAUAUUUUUGUAAAAUUGUUCAUAAAUCCAGUUAAAGUUUGUUGCUAUGCAAAAUGAAGCUAUAGGACAGAAUAACUUUCAUAUAAAGGCAAAAAAUAAUCUAAUUCGAAUUGUUUAUAUUAAGAUUUUGUGUACAUAGUUUUUGCUUGUUGGCGAAUGAUGAUCUACAGUAUAAAUAAAUGUAAUCCUGUUUCCUUAUCGUAUC